AUGGCGGCGGCGGCGGCGGCGGCAGCCGCGCCGGGUGUCAGGCUCUGGGACUGCUGCAGCCAGGGCGCUGUGCUUCUGCUCUUCUUUUCCUUGUCUCCUCGGCCCCCGGCCGCCGCCGCCUGGCUGCUGGGCCUGCGGCCUGAGGACACUGCUGGAGGCCGCGUGUCCCUGGAGGGGGGCACCCUGCGCGCCGCCGAAGGCACCAGCUUCCUCCUGCGCGUUUAUUUCCAGCCCGGGCCCUCAGCGCCCGCCGCGCCGGUGCCCGCACCCACCCUCUCCCCGGGGGAGAACGGCACCGGCGACUGGGCUCCGAGGCUCGUGUUUAUCGAGGAGCCCCCGGGCGGGAGCGGCGUGGCGCCCAGCGCGGUCCCCACGCGGCCCCCGGGGCCGCAGCGCUGCCGGGAGCAGAGCGACUGGGCGUCGGACGUGGAAGUCCUGGGGCCCCUGCGCCCCGGGGGCGUGGCGGGCUCUGCCCUGGUCCAGGUGCGGGUGCGGGAGCUACGCAAGGGCGAGGCGGAGCGGGGCGGCGCGGGCGGUGGCGGGAAGCUCUUCUCGCUGUGCGCCUGGGAUGGGCGCGCUUGGCACCACCACGGCGCCGCCGGCGGCUUCCUGCUGCGCGUCCGCCCGCGGCUCUACGGCCCGGGUGGGGACCUGCUGCCCCCCGCGUGGCUGCGGGCGCUCGGGGCGCUCCUGCUGCUGGCCCUGUCCGCCCUGUUCAGCGGCCUGCGCCUGAGCCUGCUCUCGCUGGACCCGGUGGAGUUACGGGUGCUGCGGAACAGCGGCUCGGCCGCCGAGCAGGAGCAGGCGCGCCGCGUGCAGGCCGUGCGCGGCAGGGGCACCCAUCUGCUCUGCACCCUGCUCCUGGGCCAAGCCGGAGCCAACGCGGCCCUGGCCGGCUGGCUGUACGCCUCGCUGCCGCCGGGCGUCGGGGACACCGGGGAAGACUACAUCGAGGCGGGGAUUCACUUCCCGUGGCUGCCUGCGCUGGUGUGCACGGGCGCCGUGUUCCUGGGCGCCGAGAUCUGCCCCUACUCAGUGUGUUCGCGCCACGGGCUGGCCAUCGCGUCGCACAGCGUGUGCCUGACCCGGCUCCUGAUGGCGGCCGCCUUCCCCGUGUGCUACCCACUGGGUCGCCUGCUGGACUGGGCGCUGCGCCAGGAGAUCAGCACCUUCUACACGCGGGAGAAACUGCUGGAGACGCUACGGGCGGCGGACCCCUACAGCGACCUUGUGAAGGAGGAGCUCAACAUCAUCCAGGGCGCCCUGGAGCUGCGCACCAAGGUAGUGGAGGAGGUGCUGACCCCCCUCGGGGACUGCUUCAUGCUGCGCUCCGACGCGGUGCUGGACUUCGCCACCGUCUCCGAGAUCCUGCGCAGCGGCUACACUCGCAUCCCGGUCUAUGAGGGCGACCAGCGGCACAACAUUGUGGACAUUCUGUUUGUCAAGGACUUGGCCUUCGUGGACCCCGACGACUGCACCCCGCUUCUCACGGUCACGCGCUUCUACAACCGGCCCCUGCACUGCGUCUUCAAUGAUACACGGCUGGACACGGUGCUGGAAGAGUUUAAGAAGGGAAAGUCUCACUUGGCCAUUGUCCAGCGGGUGAAUAAUGAGGGGGAAGGGGACCCCUUCUACGAGGUGAUGGGCAUUGUCACGCUGGAGGACAUCAUAGAGGAAAUCAUCAAGUCCGAGAUCCUGGACGAAACUGACCUCUACACCGACAAUCGGAAGAAGCAGCGGGUCCCGCACCGGGAGAGGAAGCGGCAUGACUUCUCCUUGUUUAAGCUCUCCGACUCCGAGAUCAGGGUGAAGAUCUCGCCCCAGCUCCUGCUGGCCACACACCGCUUCAUGGCCACAGAAGUAGAGCCCUUUAAGUCUCUGUACCUCUCAGAGAAGAUCCUGCUCCGGCUCCUGAAACAUCCCAACGUGAUCCAGGAGCUGAAGUUUGAUGAGAAGAACAAGAAGGCCCCAGAACAUUACCUCUACCAGCGCAACCGCCCCGUGGACUACUUUGUGCUACUUCUGCAGGGGAAAGUAGAGGUGGAGGUUGGAAAGGAAGGCCUUCGCUUCGAGAAUGGAGCCUUCACCUACUAUGGUGUCCCGGCCAUCAUGACCACUGCUUGCUCAGAUAAUGAUGUACGGAAGGUGGGAAGCCUGGCUGGAUCCUCUGUCUUUCUGCCUGUCUCUGUGUCUCGUACCUCCGCCUUCAGCAGAGGGGACUCCCUGGCAGGAUCCCCAGUGAACCGGUCCCCUUCUCGCUGCAGCGGCUUGAAUCGCUCCGAAUCUCCGAGCCACGAGCGCAGCGACUUGGCGGGGAGCAGCACGCAGCUGUAUGGCGGCAGCAACAACCUGUACCUGCCUGACUACUCGGUCCACAUCCUCAGCGAUGUGCAGUUUGUGAAGAUCACGCGGCAGCAGUACCAGAAUGCACUCACCGCCUGCCACCUGGACAGCUCACCCCAGUCCCCCGACAUGGGCGCCUUCACUGACGGGGACUCCAGCAAGGCCCCCACGAGCCGGGGCACGCCUCAGACCCCCAAGGAUGACCCUGCUGCCGUCUCACUCCUCACCCACAGGAGCAGCCUACCGUGCAGCCGCUCGGACGGGCUGAGAAGCCCCGGCGAGGUGGUGUACCUGAGGAUGGAGGAGCUGGCCCUCACCCAGGAGGAGACGACCGACUUGGAGGAGCAGAGCACACAGCAGCUCUCGCUGUCUCCCGCAGCAGGUCCCACAAGAGCAGCGUCAGAUAAUGAAUGUUGUAACAUCCACCUGGACACGGAGACCAGCCCUUGCAGUAGCGACUUUGAGGAAACCAUGGGCAAGAAGCUGUUGAGAACCUUGAGUGGUCGAAAAAGGAAGAGGUCUCCAGAUGGAGAGAGAACCUCUGAGGAAAACUCCAACCUGACACCGCUGAUCACAUGAGCAGCACAGAGUCGGCCGGGCGUGUGGGAUUCCAGAGCUUUGGGGAGAACCCGCCCUCCAGCACCUGCUCCCCCGAGGCCCCCCCAGGUGACAGAGCAUUCUGCCUUUCUUCCACCUCUCCACCCCCAGCUGUCAGUGUGGCACAUUUUCCCUCGUUGCCUCCAACUUGACUCAGAGCCUUGCUGUGGCUGUAAUGGAAGGAAGUGCCUCAGAUGGAAAAUGCUAGCCCAGGCUGGGCCUGCAGAAGAGAUGACCCCACCCAACAAUGCCGCUCUGGGACCCCUGAUGAUCUCUGGGCUUCCCCAUGUCCUGGAACUCACCACUCUGUCCUCCGGAGCAAAAGGACACCUUCCUGCCCCACUGCACGCCCAGCUGAGCUCUGAGGUGCCCCUGGCAGACAGCACACAGGCGGCCGGGGCAACAGGUGUGAAGGGUGAAGGUCAGUUCUGGGGAUGGACCGAGAACUCCAGGGCUGUGGGGCAGCGGGACACAGCCAUACCACACACACGAGACUCAUGUUUCAGCAUUCAGCACUGUCAGCGACCGGUUUCCUGUUAGACAAAGGCCCUGGCAGCCUGGAGAAGUGAGUCUCAGCUGAAUGGAAAGAACGGGAGGUGGAACGUUAAGUCACUGUUUUUCCCAGGGACUCCGGUUUCGGCUCCCAACCCGCAGUCAUCAGUUGACUGCUCUGGAAGAGGAAGAGCAGGAAGUGGGAGCCAGAGAUGGAACUUCAGGUUUUAAGUAAAUAAUCAUGAAAAAAAAAUAUAUAUAUAUAUAUAUAUAUGACUGACAAAAGAUUCCAAGCUGUUUUAGCCAUGACAAACCAAAGAGUGCCCAGGUCAGCCAAGAAGGAUGUGUGCUCUCACGAGACUUCAGUGUGCAUCACACGGGAACGUUGAAGAGUCAUUCUUCUGUCUCACCCACUACCCCCAGCCCUUACUACACUGCAGCAGGUUAGCUUAGUGUGCUUUAUUCCAAGGACUCAUAAUAAAUCCCUGGUUUUCUCCUGUACCUUAGGACAGGUGUAAUUCCAGAGAUAACCACCAGAUGGCAGAAGGACUGCACAUACGUGCCUCCAAGGAAGGAAAGCUCUCAGAUCAAGAACCACAGGGGGCCUUAGGGAAAACUUGAAUGUGAGUGGGGUUUCCGUUUGGGACACCAGUCUCCACCCCCUUGAUGCCCUCAGUCAGGUACUCAGUGCUCCCGUGCUGCCUGCUGAAUCCCAAGCCAUUCCCAGAUUUCCCUAUCCAGGCUUCCCACCGUCACUCCCACCUCCCGCAGCCACUCAGUCAGAAAUCAGAUGGCAAAGGGACUGGUCAUUCCUCUGGGUUAUUUGCAUCUCAAAAGGAAAUGCUUACCCACAGGAACCUUGAACUCAGGGGUUCUUCACUUGGGGUCCAUCACCCUCGGGGGUCCAUAGUUGGACUUUGGAGGGGCUAUGAAACCCCCAAAACUGUCAGAGUUUAGUGUGUUUGUCCUUGUGCGUGUUUUCCAGAGGGUUAAGGCUGUCCUAAGUCUCAGUGGCCUCAGACUCACAAUAAAACUAUUUUAAGUAGUGGACCCACGGGCCCAGAGUUUCCGCAAUGCAGGGUGAAGUGAACACUGCGCUGCUUGAGUCAGAUUUUAAUUAGACAUGAUCUUCCCGGGUGUCCAUCAGUCAGCAGGGAAGGCUGGCCCCCCACCAGGAAGUGGAGUCUUCAGAAGGUCCAAGCACAACCUGUGUAUAAACUACACCCCACACCCUUGUCCCCGCCACCCCAGAGCUGCUGCUGUACACAGGAGGGUCACAGCAUGCAGGAGGGAAGACGUGGGAGCCGGAGAUGCCUUUCUGGGGGUGUCUCCUUGACUUGGACUUGACCCUCGCCUGGCCCGCCCAGCAGGAGGCUCAGCCACGCAUGACUGCCCGUAGAUACCUGCACAGCCACCCCUGCCAACACCUGCUCUGGCCCCGCGGGAAGAGACAAACCAGCAGCCCCAGAUCCCAAGCAGUCAGCUUGGAGCAGGAGCUGCCAUCCUGCGGCCCCGUCCGGCUGGCCACUGGCCCAAGGGAGCCUGCCUGGCGAGGCUGCCUGUCGUGACCCAGGGCUACCUGCUCGGGCCGCUGCUGCUGCGUAACAUCCAUCCCUCUGCAGAAUCCCCAAGGAGCCUGUCACCACUCCCCUCCCUGUCCCCUGCACCCUCCGCCCAAGAUUUUCUUCAGGUUAAAAAUCAAAGUUUAAAAAAAAAAAAAAAAAGAUUUUAAGAUAAAGCAUUUAUGAAGGCUCAAUAAGUUGUACAUACUUUUUAAAUAAAAUGAAAAUGCCUU